GUGGCGCUACACCGGGUGCGGCCGCCAUUCGGGGUCGGACGCUCCCGUUACCUAGCAACGCCUCAAACAACAACAACAAACAACAACAAUGGCCAAGUUCGUGGUGGCAGGUAAGGCAAACUGCCCUUAUUAUGCCAAGGCAGAACUGUUGGCAGAUUAUCUUCAGAAAAACUUACCAGACUUCCGAGUCUUUAAGAUCGUCCAGUCACCUGACGAUUGGCAGCCAUGGCUUCAAGCAUUAUGUCAAAAAAAUGGCUGGGUACAUCAUCAGUCCCCGAUUAUAUGGCGAGAACUUGUGGACCGUGGAGGAAAGGGAUUACUAUUGGGUGGAUUCAAUGACUUUAUGGAGUAUGCACAGGGUUAUUAUGGCUUUACUUCUGAUAUGAUGACUACACUCAUGCUCAAGAUUGCAAAGGAGAACUUGAAGACUAACCAAAGUGAGCGUGAAGAAGAAGCAUUUUACAGGAUUCAUGCUAAACCAAUGGCAGUCUGGAUUAGUGGAGCAUUGUGUGCUGCGUGUACUAAUCUGAUCCCUACCUUGCUAAAUGGACAGUUGUUUGGUCACAGCCAAGAGCUCAGCUUACAUCUGCUACACAUUGAUGGCUCCCUAAGUGUUCUACAAGGCUUACAAAUGGAGAUUGAAGAUAUGGCCUGGCCUCUACUUCGAAAAGUAACAGUGCAAAAUACCCUGAGAAAGGCUUUCAUGGAUGCUGAGAUCAUCAUUGUUCUUGAUGAUCUUGUGCCAGAGAAGGGUCAAUCAAUUGAAGACUGUUACAGAGAAAUGGCUGGUCUCUACCAAGAAAUUGCAAUUAAGAUUGACACAUUUGCAAAACCCAGUGCCCGUGUACUUGUGGCUGGUGAUUAUAUCUUGAAUUUGAAAACAUACCUCCUGAUGGAUAGUGCAUAUGCAAUUGAUCACGAAAACUUUAUAGCAGUAUCAACUCAGUUGGAAGGAGAAGCCAAAGCACUGCUUGCCAGGAGAUUGAAUGUGAAUCCAAUGGAUGUGAAAGAUGUGAUUGUUUGGGGAAAUAUCGGCAGAAGCACCUUUAUUGAUUUGCAUAAAGCACGGGUCCAUCAAUACGAAAGUGCCAUCUGGGGACCACCUGAGUUCUCACGUCCUGUAUUGGAGAUGCUGCAUGUUAAAAAUUGGAUAGAAGAAGAAUUUGUAGAAGAAUUGCACACACAUCGAUCAAAAAUUCAAGCAGCAUUGAAACACCACCUAGGCAUAUCCACUACCAUUGCGAUAUACAAUGUCUUGAAUUGGUGGUAUCAUGACUCACCACCAGGGGAGUUUGUAUCUCUUGGAGUUGUCAGUCAAGGUGAUUUUGGCAUUCCAUCUGGCCUCAUUUUCUCUGUGCCAGUUCGAUUCUGUGGUGGAAAAUGGGUGAUUCAGUCACAAAUUGAGAUUAGUGAGGAAACAAAAGACAAACUGAAGGACAUUGUUCAAGAACUGAAGAUGGAGCACAAUUUUAAUUUCUCUCAUGAGAAGGAAACGGAGGCAAAAUCCAAUUUCUUGCCUGGUCUAGAAGGAAAAUUGAAGAUAAGAAGCACCGAUCGAGUAGCCUUUUUUUAAACGGAUGUUUCAGUUCUUGUGGAAGAACAGCAACAGACAGAGUUAUUCUUAAAGGUUGGUAAAGGACCAACCUGUCCCAAGUCAAGUUCCAGUCCAUCCCACCAUUAGGAUCAAUGGAGAAAUCUUCCGAAACUUGGAGCAUUUCCCUUACCCGGGAAGCUACCUCUCAUUUAAACGUGAUAUUGAUGCUGUGAUUCAACAACAAAUCCAAACCGCAGGCACGCUUUCAGAUGCCUAAGGAUGAGAGUCAGUUCUAAUACCAAGAUCUUUGGGUCAGGCUGUCAUCCUUCUGACUUUUUUACAUGGCUCCAAACCCUGGGUGCAUAUAGAUGCCACUCACAACCCCUAUGAAGUACCAUCAAUGUUGUUUGAGAUGGACUCCCUGUAUUAGAUGGGUUAGCAGGCAUACUAACACCAGCAUCCUUCAAGCAGCCACAAUUACUAGCAUCAAGGCUAUGGUCAUUCAAAGCCAACUCCGCUGGGCUGGCCAUGAGCUUAGGCUGCCUGUGUUCCAACUACCAAAGCAAAUCGCCUUCAACCACUUCAUAGAAGGUACUUGGGUAGGGGCCAGGUGGGGGUAAAUCAAAAGAAGUGCUUCAAAGGCUCCCUGAAGGCUGUCCUUAAGAAAUGCAACAUAGAUGUCAAUGCAUAGGAGAUCCUAGUUCAGAAGAAAUUGACUCAGAGGAAACCCCUUUAGGAAGGGCCAUAAUUCUUUGAGAACACCCGUUGACAAGGGGAAGUAUGGAAAAUGAACUGGAAAAAGGCAUGUCGAUAAUCUCAAGGCCUGCUAACACCAUCAUCUCUGAACUCUCCAUGUGCCCUUCACCAUCUUGACUUGGAAAUAUAUCACCAUUCCUUCAGCGCCACUCGGGUCAAAAUUCAAGAACUCGCUUCCUAAGUACUGUGGGUGUACCUACACCACAUGGACUGUGACAGUUGGAGGAGUCUACUCACUGCUGUCUUCUCAAGAAAAAUUUGGGAUAGGCAAUAAUAGACGGCCUGCUAACAAUAUACAUAUCCUAAGAGUGAAUAUUAUUCAGAAGGUGGGUAAUCAGGAAACUGGUCAACAUUUUGUAUUUGGAGCAGGUGUAUCAGUUUUGGUGGCCUUUUCUCAUAUGUUCAAGACGCAUCAGAAGCAACAGAACUCCAGCAGUGGCCUAACCAAUGCAGAAAACUAUUCAUGGUUACAUCAGCAACAAAUAUCAGGUUUGAUCAAGACACCAGAAAUAAACGAGCACAAGAGAUUUUGGGGGAUUGUGGGUCUGGAUGAGGUUUAUAGAGAUUGGGAGAAAAAAGACACAAAGUAAUUGAAAAAUUAGUGAUAAUGUUAGCAUUUCAGUCAGCUCGGAAUUUAACAGGCCU